GCGUUUGAGGCUCCUCGCUCGAUUAAUGUUAUCACGUACGAGAAGGAGGCGAUCAUCUCCGGCAGCCGGAUCGAAAACAUAGAAGGAGGAGAAAAUGCUUUUCAGGGUUAUACGAGACGUGGUGCAAGUAUUGUAUUGCCCGACCACACUGUUCGAGUCGUGCUGUUUGGAAUAUGGCUUGAAGAGCUUCAAACAGUUGCUUUCACAACGACAGACAAUUGUUCUGCAGCCUCCCUUGUUUUUGAACAAGUAGAUUUUGCUUCACAGUCCGACAAACGUGUUGUACUCGAAGCUAACUUUCCUGAGUACGAUCAUGUUUCGGAAUUUCGAACUCGAAUCUCCACUGAAGUUCCGCCACGUCAAUAUUAUUUCCCUUUGUGGAUUCAGGUGAUAAUUAUAGCAUGUCUUCUUGUUCUAUCUGGUCUCUUUUCUGGUCUCAAUCUGGGUCUUAUGUCUCUGACUCCUCAAGAGUUGAUGCUCAUUCAAAAAUCAGGGUCGAAAGCUGAGCGAAAAUAUGCUGAUGUCAUCUUACCAGUUCGUACGCGUGGAAAUCUUCUCCUUUGCUCACUUCUCAUAGGUAAUGUUUGUGUGAAUUCGGGUAUUUCCAUUCUCUUGGAUGACCUCACUUCUGGUUAUGUGGCUUUGAUUGCCUCAUCUGCUGGUAUUGUGGUGUUUGGUGAAAUUUUCCCUCAGAGUUUAUGUGUCAAGUACGUCUUUCUUUCGAAAGGCUUAGCAGUCGGUGCGUAUACAAUUUGGGUUACGCGUUUCUUCAUGAUUGCUACGUUUCCAAUAGCAUUUCCAAUUUCGAAGGUUCUGGACUUUGUUCUGGGCGAGGAGGUAGUGUCAUAUGAUCGCAAGCGUCUCAUGGAAUUGAUCAAGAUGAGCAACGAAGAAGGAUUGGUUGAAGAACUGAAAAUUGCAGUUGGAGCAAUGGAAAUAAGCGACAAAACAGUGGCUGAUGUGAUGACACGCAUUGAUGAUGUCUUCAUGUUGCCGAAUACUACUGUGCUGAAUACCAAGACGGUGGCGGAAAUUCUUCGAAUGGGAUAUACUCGUAUACCAGUUUUUUGUGGUGACCGUAACAAUGUAGUAUCACUUCUAUUUGUCAAAGAUCUCGCUCUCUUGGAUCCGGAUGAUAACUUCACCAUACAGACCGUAUGUGGUUAUCAUCAGCAUCCUCUCCGUUUCGUCAUGGAAGAUACACCUUUGCGCGUUAUGUUGGAAGAAUUCAAAAAGGGCGACUACCAUUUAGCCAUGGUUCAACGUAUUGUUUCUGCUGAAGACAGUGAUCCUACCUACGAACUCGUUGGGGUUGUGACACUUGAGGAUAUCGUUGAAGAAAUUCUCCAAGCGGAAAUUGUGGAUGAGACUGAUGCUGUGAUGGAUAACGUACACAGAACAAGGAGGCGUGGUGCACAGGCCCAAGAUUUGUCUUGCUUCGUGGAUACAGAUGAACCUUCUCGUGUAAUUAGUGUCCAGAUGCAACUAGUGACCAUGCAAUGGCUAACAACAAAUCACAAGGCCUUCAGUACUGAUCUGAUCAGUCCGUCGGUAUUGGAGAAGCUGAUCCGUCAGCACUGUCGCCGUGUAGAGCUUUCUCAUCUUCCUGAUAUGUAUGAGCCGAAGGCUGUGGUUCCCCGGACUGCCAAACUCUACACUAAGCAAGAAUAUUCGGAAAAGUUCAUCCUCGUAUUGGAGGGUCGAGCGUUAGUCACAAUUGGGCAGGACGAGAUGAUGUUCGAGGCAGGGCCAUGGUUUGCGUUUGGAACGGAAAUGUUGGAACGUUUGGUGGCCAAACGCGAAUGUGAUUCUCGUGCAUUGGGCGAUGUGGAACAUUCCAGAAACUCUCUCGUCAGUGAUACGUCAAAGGUAUUGCCGUUGUUCAGUGAACUCUGGAGGCUAUUAAGCUUUAGAUUAUUCACGACCCUGCAGUCGCCUGCAGCUUUGCGUAUCCUAUGA